AUGUUAUGCCACUCCUGGAUAAUUGCUUCGGUUGGUUUCACGAGUUGUCCUCGAUUUGCAUACCUGCAGCAGAACGGCGUCAACAUUCUUGAUUGGCCUGCGCUAUCUUCCGACAUGUCGCCAAUUGAGCACCUGUGGGACGCGCUCGACAAGGCGAUCCGCCAGCGUCAUAGACAGCCUGGAAACCUACAAGAACUAACCAAUGCGAUUAUCCAGGAGUGGCGUAACAUUCCAAUUAACUUUGUGUGUCGUUUGAUCGCAUCAAUGCGAAGAAGAUGUUUAGCUGUGGUGAAUACUGCUGGAGGCCACACCCGCUAUUGACUGAUCCUGCGAACUUUUAAAAUGCACCAUUCAAUCAAUUAAUGCAUUUUAUUGUUUUUUUGUUAAGGUAUUAGGUCACUAAUAGUAAUGUUUACAAAAUGGCCUUUGCUUGGUAUAUUCUGAAAGGUAACCGUGUUUUGCACUAUUUUGCAAAUUUUAAACAACUUUUACCGUGCCGUUUUUAAAAUUUUUUGAAUAACUUAUGGUAUCUCCUCAAGCUCAAGUAGAGACAAAUUUCAAAAUGAUAGCCACUAUCCAAAACGUUUGCAGAGAAGUCAUUUUACCAUUAAUUUCAAUAGAAGAAACAUCAAACUAUUGAUAAACAAUUUUAAAACACAAUAUAAAAAUGUCAAUAUCAUUUUUUCUAUGGUGCCUCAAGUAAACGGAUUUAAUGAGACAGAAUUCAUACUUCAACAUUGAAAAAAUAAGGUCGAAUGAUGUGUUUCUGUUUUGAAUUUUGCUUACACCAUUUGAAAAUAACCUUAGAGAAGACGUAAAACCUACCUAAAUUUCUUCCACAAUAUAUAAUCUAAGAGUGAAAGCAAAAUAGAGAACUUUCACCGUGCGUAACUCAAUAUUUUUAAAGAUUUGUAACUCUACCCCUUCUGUUUAAGUAGUAAAUUCUCUUUGAACACCAAGAAAUUGCUUAUAAGAUUCAUCUUUUUCCAUUUUUGUACAAAACAUCAAUAAUAAGUCUUGAAAGAAGUAAACACUUACUAGUAAAAAAGGAAAAUAAGGAGAAAAAAAAUUGGUCCCAGUAGGGCUUGAACCUAUGCCCCCCUAAGAAUUGCAAUAAAAGUAGGUUUAUGACAGGAAUUGAAUACUCUUCAAAAAGGAGGUUCUCUAUUAGUGAUCUAAUACCUUAAGUUUUUGUUUUUCAUUCUGUUACAGGAUAGUUAUGUGUUACUCAUGUCAAAUUUCGUUGUAUUUGGUUUAAUAUUAAAUAAAAUAUCGAUACUUAUGUACAUAUGGAUCUAUUCUUAUGUACAUAUAGAUCUAUUCUUUAUUCCGGAAUAUAUCAGAAUGUCACAAAUAUCUGCAAUUUCAACUUGUUGAACAGAUGCGUGAUAUACUGCUAUUAAAGCAAUGAUAAAAGUAAACUUCAAUAACUAAUAAAAACCGCAAUCAGCGAUGCCUGAUUGGUAAGAGCCAUUAACAAAAAAAAUGACCUCAUUAUGUUGACAAAAUAUUACAGAUUAAUACUUCACAUGUUCUUUUUAUAAGUCGGAUUAAGUCAGCCAAUCGAUGCUCACAGACAGCUUUUGUUUAGUUAAUGGAAUAAUAUUGAUCAUUGUUAGAUAUUGCAGGUAGUGUGUCAUAUGGAAUUGAGACAAUAUGUAUUCACUGAUUACUAGUAAGUGAUAAAGUUCUAAUGUAGCACUGAAUAUCAAGGCGAGAUGGUAGCAACAAAUUUUAUAAAUAAUGGAACAAAUAGAAACAGUGAGCAAGGUUGUGGAUGAAGCAUACGGCGAGGGCAUAAAUGGACAAAGAAAAACUGCGACGUUCUUGUUAAAAUCAACUGCAUCUGCGUAUAACAAUUAUGCCCAAAUACAGAUCAAAGCAUCAAAUGCGUCUAAAGAAUUAAAAUUGGCUACUAUCAAUGAAAUUGAAACUACAGAAGAAUGCCAGAACCGCGAAACGACAACUGAAAGGUCAAUAGCAGACUGUAGAUUUUAUCUGUCUGAUAGUGAGAGAGAUGAUGCCAUGCCUAGAAAGAAUUGCUCAGAUACAUCCCUUACCCAUAGUGGAAUUAAGAAGGCCUACUACUUUGACAAUCCAAAAUUUAACAACAAAGACGUAACACCUUGGAAUGGACGUACAUCGUUUGCUGACGUUGUCACGGAAGUUAUGCAGGAACAAAUCAAAGUGGACGUUCAUCCUUUUGGGCGUGGUUCAGCAUAUCGCGUCUCACUGGGCGGAGAACAGGCAACAAUACAUAGUGAGGAAGGGGCAUGGUUUAUGUGGGUCUUGGUAACCAUUGUAAUACUUGGAGUAGCAGUUGGUGUCAUAGUAAUGUCACAAAUGUAUCAAGCCACGCAACAACAUAACCAGGGUGCAUUGAACGAAUCAUCUAUGAACUGGAAUGUGACGGAGUACUGAAUGCGUGAUAUAAUUACUUACUGUGUGGUAACUAUAGCAAUAAUAGGAUUGCUAGAUACAAUUUUGAAGCUAAGUGGAAAAGAACUGUAAGAGGAUUCUUUGAAGGGAAAUCAAAGAACCAAGAGAGACUUAUUUGUAGAGUAGGGCGUUGCACAUUUACUUUUCAUGAACCGGCAUAAUCAAACAGGAGUCAUCUAUUUUUGGUGCAUUCGUUUACUCAAAGCUCAAAACUUCAUUCCUAAAGGAAUCCAUCGCCAUGACGGUAUAACAGAAAUGAAGCCAGUUUCGCUUUUUGAUUCUGAGCUCUAAGGAAGGGAGCUACAGUGCCAUUUCUACGUCUUUGGUAUGACGUGGCCGGGGAGGGGAUCGAACUAAUGACGUCCCGCUUUGAAACGGACGUUCUGGCACUAGGGGUUCUUGUUUAGUUAGUUUACACACGUCGUGUACAACUUACAGUUGCUCUUGUCCGUCCAAAUUUUGUCGUGCAUAUCUCAUGAAGUAUUUGACCCAGAGUCAUCAAACCUCACCCGAUGGGUCGAUUAAUUGUUAAUUUGUGUCUCACGCAGUCAGACCAGACUUAUGGCCGCCCCUGAUUGUCAAAAAUAUGCAUAAAGAGGCAUACCGAUUUGUGUCGCAUGUAUCUAAAAGGUAUUUGUCUUAAGAGUCAUAAAACAUUCGGGGAAUGUUAUAUAGUUGUGGAAUUGCGAACCUGGUUUUCUGUUUAAGGUUUCAUUCAAUUAGACCAGAGGUAUCGUCCUUGAAUUAGUGAAAAAUACAAUUAAAGUGCUGCAUAUAUCUUAAAAAUAGUUCACCUUGUUUUACCAUGUAGGAAUAUUAUCAAACAUGUGAAUUUGUGCACUUUAGUUUUUUAUAUUUCACUUUGCAAGACUAGUUUUAUGGCCUAUGAUUGAGUAAAAAUAUAAAUGUUUGUGUGCCAUGCAUCUGAAACUGUACAUGACAUGCCAUGUGUCUGAAACUGUACAUGACAUAGAGUCAUAAAACGUUAGAUGAUAUAUAUAUGUCAUGUGAAGUUGUGUACCUGGUGUUCUCUUUAGUAUUUCACUUAGCUAGGCCAGAGUUGUGGUCCUUCACUUAGUGAAAAAUGCAUAUAAAGGGCUUAAAAGUUUGUGUAUUUUCACAUAGAGUCAUGAAACAAUGAACAGUGACAGGGGUGGGGAUACCUGUGUCCUAUUGAUUCACGUCAAGUUUUACAUAAAUUGAUCAUGUCUUCCUCUGUCAGAUGCCAAAAAUAAAUUUAAUAGUUCAAAUAUAAAACCUUUAUUUGAUGAUUCUUAUGCAUUUGACAUUUGUUUACAAUAACAACUUAGUGACAGGAACAGCCAGAUUAUAACAUUAGUCAUGAUUUGUCUCGAAUCACUUGCUUAGCAUGAAUCUAAGUUAAGAUAAUGCGAUCACCAAAUGUU